CAGCUUCUCUGGGGAGCUGCUCACCUUUCCAAAGCAGGGGAAGCAGCUCAGAUUCCGGUCAGGGACCCCGGCAGGGCGCAGGGCGUAGGGCGCAGGGCGCAGCGCCCAGCCGGGUGGCCUCAGGACGCGUGCGGGCAGGACUGAGAAGGAAGGGUCUUGGGGAGGAAGGAGUUGCACAAAUCUCGGGAGGCCAGCAGGAUGUCCCCUCAGAGGACAAGAGGGCUGAGGAGCUGCAGGGAGAGAACCCCUUCUGGCUGGGAAAGGGCCCUGAGGGACCCGCCGCCUGGUCCCCCCGGACAUGAACAUGAUGAAGAACUUUAAGCGCCGCUUCUCCCUGUCGGUGCCCCGCACUGAGACCAUUGAGGAGUCCUUGGCUGAGUUCACAGAGCAGUUCAACCAGCUCCACAAUCGGCGCAAUGAGGACCUGCAGCUCGGUCCUCUUGGCGGAGACCCCCGGACAGAGUCCAGCGCCUUCUCCCCCACGGACAGCGGGGAGGAGCCGGGGCAGCCGGCCCCUGCCAUGCAGUACCGGCGGCAGAGCCAGCGCCGCUUCUCCAUGGAGGACAUCAGUAAGAGGCUGUCUCUGCCUAUGGACAUCCGCCUGCCCCAGGAAUUCCUGCAGAAGCUACAGUUGGAGAGCCCAGACCUGCCCAAACCGCUCAGCCGCAUGUCCCGCAGAGCAUCCCUGUCAGAUAUCGGCUUUGGGAAACUGGAAACAUAUGUGAAACUGGACAAACUGGGGGAGGGCACCUAUGCCACAGUCUUCAAAGGGCGCAGCAAGCUGACGGAGAACCUCGUGGCCCUGAAGGAGAUCCGGCUGGAGCAUGAGGAAGGGGCUCCCUGCACCGCCAUCCGAGAGGUGUCUCUCCUGAAGAACCUGAAGCAUGCCAAUAUUGUCACCCUGCACGACCUCAUCCAUACAGAGCGGUCCCUCACCCUGGUGUUUGAGUACUUGGACAGUGACUUGAAGCAGUACCUGGACCACUGUGGAAACCUCAUGAGCAUGCACAAUGUCAAGAUUUUCAUGUUCCAGCUGCUCCGGGGCCUUGCCUACUGCCACCGCCGCAAGAUCCUGCACCGGGACCUGAAACCCCAGAACCUGCUCAUCAACGAGAGGGGGGAGCUGAAGCUUGCCGACUUCGGACUGGCCAGGGCCAAGUCAGUGCCCACGAAGACCUACUCCAAUGAGGUGGUGACCCUAUGGUACAGGCCCCCUGAUGUGCUGCUGGGGUCCACAGAGUACUCCACCCCCAUCGAUAUGUGGGGCGUGGGCUGCAUCCACUACGAGAUGGCCACAGGGAGGCCCCUCUUUCCCGGCUCCACGGUCAAGGAGGAGCUGCACCUCAUCUUCCGACUCCUCGGGACCCCUACAGAAGAGACGUGGCCGGGAGUGACGGCCCUGCCAGAGUUCCACUCCUACAACUUCCCCCGGUACCUCCCCCAGCCGCUCAUCAGCCACGCUCCCAGGUUAGAAACUGAUGGCAUCAACCUCCUGACCAGCCUCCUUCUGUAUGAAUCGAAGAGCCGCAUGUCUGCAGAGGCAGCCCUGAGCCACCCAUACUUCCAGUCUCUGGGAGAGCAUGUGCACCAGCUCGAGGACACUGCCUCCAUCUUCUCCCUGAAGGAGAUCCAGCUCCAGAAGGACCCGGGCUACCGGGGCCUGGCCUUUCAGCAGCCAGGACGAGGGAAGAGCCGGCGACAGAGCAUCUUCUGAGCCAUGCCCACCCUGCUGCAGCCCAAGAGAUAGGAGGUCACACUGAGCACAGCUGCGGGCGGGAUGGGGCCUGCGUGGCCCUCGGAGGACUGAGGAACGAGGGCUAAGGCUAGCUCAGAAGACUUCUUGCAGCCCUGCUGGCCACAGCUGUGUCCUGACCCUGCUUCCCACGUGCCUCCCCAGUGGCCUUGGCCCAGACGCCAACCCCUCCAACACUUGCCCUGGGCUGGGCCUGAGCUGCGUCCCUGGGAGGAAGUGAGGGGGCAGGGAGGGACUUUAGACACUUUUCCACCCCAAAGUCCUUGGGCACCAACGUGGGACCAAAAAGGACAGGAGAACCCAGCUGCCGGAUUGAACACCGUGCCCUGGAUAUGGGCACCACCAUGUGUCCCCCGGGGGCCCAUUCACUAGUUUGGUAGAGCCCCUUAAGGGCACCUUGGAGCCCACACCCCUCACCUUCCCCUCCAAGAGCAGGAAGCGACAUGGCAUCUUUUCCAGGACCCUAGAAUCCUGGGUGCCAACAUGUGUGCCAAAGCCCACUCCCCACCUGAGGGGCAGGUGUCCCUGGAGCAACGGGGAAUAGUAGCCCCAACCCCUCUUCUCAUCAUUGCACCCUGUUCCCAUUCCCCACUCCUCCCCAGAGGCCCCAUGUGCUGCUGGAUGCCCGGCUGAGUCUAGAGGUGGCCUGGUACUGCCAGCCAUGCCCUGCCACCUCUGCUGGCCCCGCCCAUCUCCCCAGUCUGAAUGGGAUUGCCUUAAGCUGGUAGAUGGUAGAGCACUCACUGCCCUUGGAGCGCUGACCCAAGCUCCUACCUGUCCGCCCUUUCCCGAGAGUGGCUCCUGCUUAUCACACCUGAGUGCUGAUAAGCUAGCCCUGGGCCAGGGCCCGGAGGACGGCACCCAGGUCUGCAGGGUCACCCUGACACUGGCGCCAGGCUGGCCUCAGCUCCAGGGGGCCUGGCACGGCCUCCCUCCACCCCACCCCACUUCUCUCCCUUCCCCUCCUUCCGAGCCCCUGCGGCCCUUCCUUGCUCUCCCCAGCCCUGGUACCAGCCUCUGCAAAGGGUGGUUGCCGAGGGAGGGUGUAAAUGCCACAGUCUGAGGUAGGGGACUGUGGGAUGCGACAGGACAAGCUUUGAUCCUGAGAGCCCCACCCCAGGGGACUGGGAGAAUGGAGCAUGCCUGUGGUAUCCCCAAGGGAGCCUCAACACUUGGCUGAAUCUUGAAUGGCAAGGCCAAGAGGAGGCCAGGCCCAGCCUCCUACACCAGCCCCCUACCCAGCCCAACCCCCUCAGCCGGAGGACCAGCCCUGGAGGGUCUCAGGCCCCACCCCCCAGGAGUCCUUCCACUCCUCCCCCACUAUACUGUGACUGUCCUGUGACUCAGCACAAAGGCAGAUGAUAUAUUUAAUUCAUGUACAGAAAGAAGCAGGCAGUCUCAUGCAGAAAAACUGAAUUUGACAGAUUGAUGCCAAAGACAGAGGCUUUCUCCGGGCCUCAGGAGUGCGAGUGGGCUGUGUGUGUGUGUGUGUGUGUGUGUGUGUGUGUGUGUGUGUGUAAACUGGAGAGUUUGGUUUGCAUGUGUGUCUGAACCCACCUGGGCUGUAGGAGGGUGCUCUGUACCCUCCCUGCUGUAUUCUGGAUGCUGCUGUGCUUAGGGCUGGACGUCAACUCUGGGUGUUAGAGGUGGGAGUGGAGGAGACCUUGGGGCUCCAAGCUCUGCCUCAGGCCUGGGCCUAGGUCUGUGCAGAAGGGGAGGGCCCAGGGGUCAGGUCUCAGUACUGUUUCUUGCGUUGGGCAGAUGCAAAGUUACCCUCAGCCACCUGUGAGCUUUAUCUCCAGCCAAGUGCUAUACUUGGCAAUGAAAUCGCCUGCCCAGCUGCACAGUACCAGAGGAGGAGGGAUGGUCGAGAUCCGCAAGCAGUAGAGGCAGCACAGUGCUGAGGUGAAGAGCCAAGCUCUAGUGCGUAGACAGAAAUCCUGGCUCUACUACUUCCUGUGCCUCAGCUUCCCCUUAUGUAAAAUGAAGUGAUCAUAGGAUUAGAGUGGAGAUGAAGUGAGUUAACACAUGGAAAGCUCUCAGAAUUUAUUGGCCAAAUUGAAGGCGCCACAUAAGUGUUGGCUGUUGCGUCACCUAUCCAGGGUGGAAGAAAGCACUACUCAGUAGAGGGGGUGGGGAGGGCUCUGUGUGGGCACAGGAGUGAACGAACCCCCUCCUGUCUGUGGAGAGCCACCCAUCCUCCCAAACUGCCACUAGGGUUUCAGAAUUCUGAUGUCCCUCAUCCUAACAGAUGUAUGUGUUAGGCAAAGUACUGUGAACUGAACAAGCAUCUAAAUUUAACUUUUUUUUUCUAAUUUAACAGACAUUUAUUAAAAAUCUCCUUGACCCAAA